AUGUUGGAUGAGCAGUGUGAAGCUGUCAGAUCAAAGGCCGGGCUGAUUCUCUGGCAUGCGCUGGGACACCUUCAAGCAGCCGAUGAGGAGCCUGAUCCAGAGCAGAUGUCGCGCGAUGCGAGAACUGUGCGCGCCCUGACUUGGGACGUGCUCCACAUCUUGAGCUUCCAUUGGCGAGAAAUGCCAGAGGCUGAUGGCUCUUUGACCUUGGAGGCAACGGCUGCCUCGUGCUUCGACCGAAUCUGCAAGGCCGCCGAGGCGAUGCAGAGCAUGGCAGCCGACGAGGGCUUCCGCUUGCAAUGCAUAACCCUGGCAACAUUCGUCUUGCAGGCCACGAGGCAAAUUGAAGAUAUUUUGGUAGCGAGUGGCGUUCCUACCGCAAUCGUUUCCGAGGAGCCCGGGGCAGACUUCUACAUCCCUGAGUCAGGGACUGAAGCAGAGUCCGGUGCCAUCACAGCUCCGACACGAACUGCAGGCCCAGGGGACGCCUUCAUCGGCAGCGCCACUGAUGGAGAAGGGCUGGAACAAAUUUUGGAAGGUCACCCAAUGCUUGCGCAAGAGCCACGAGAAGGACAAAUCCUUGCACAAGUGCAACGCCUGGAGAAUCAGCUGCAAGAUCAGACUGUGGAGCACGGGGGCGAACUUGCCAACCUCGCAGCGACGCUACAUAACCUGGGCUAUGCAAAGAUACAGGAGGGAGAAGCUGAAGGCGCCAGGCAGGCCUUGGACUACUUGCAUCAGAGCUUGCAGAUGAAGCGCUGCCUGCAUCAAGGUGCGGACCAUCUGAGCAUUGCUAGAACGUUGCAUGAGCUUGGCCGCGCGAGCAGUAUUCUUGAAAAUCGAGAAGAAGCCCAACGGUACUUUCUCGAGUCUUUGCACAUGAGCCGGCGCCUGCAUGGUAGUAGUGGUCAUGGAGAGAUUAUUACGACGCUCUACUCUCUCAGCAAUGAGCAUUUUCUGUGCGAGGAGUUCCAGCAAGCCCAGAGGUGUUUGGAGGAGGCGCUGCAUGUGGCAGAAAGCCUGUGGCCUGGUUACAUGGACGACUGCUCGGACACAUCGGACACGGACGGAAGCUCAGACCCUGAAAACGAGCAUCAGGAACCGAGCGACGUUUCCAGUGACGGACACGGAAGCGGCCGUCAUCCGCAGGACCGCGAGGACCGCAUGCUUUGGGCCCGAGGCGCAAGGUGCAUCGAGGCAGGCGACGACUGGGCGGACAACUUGCGGGAGCUUCUCCGAGGGCAAGAUCUAGAGUUCUGCCGCAUCCUCAACGCUGCUGGGAAGGUCCUGACAGUUCUCCCUUCCGCAGACUCCGCCGACUUGGAAGACACACCUCUCCCUGAAGACUUUCCGUUGCAAGUUUGGUUGGAGGCACCCGGAAUCCAGGACCGCUGGACCUUGUCAUCGGUUUUGCAUCUUCUCGCCCAGAUGCAUGGAGAAAAUGGUGACUUCCAGGCCGCAGCGAAUCUGUUUCAAAAGUCUCUUCUGGUGGCAGGUUGUCUUGCCGAUCACAAGGAUCAUGAGUCGAAAGCUCGCUCGCUGCACGAGUGGGGACGUAUAUGUCACCUUGCCCAGGACUUCUCACAGGCAGUCUGCUGCUUGGAGGAGGCACUCCGCAUGAAGAGAUCUGUGUAUGGGGACCAGGACACUGCCAGUGUCGCAAAGACGUUGGGCCUGCUCGGUCAAGUCAUGUUCGACACUGGCGAGCUCGACCACGCCAAGCAGUUUCUAGUAGAGUCUCUGCAAAUGCAGCGUUCCGUACAUCGUACCGGACACCACUUGGAUGUUUCGUUUACGCUGCGGGCACUUAGCCAAGUCUGCUCCGCGGGCCGAGAGUACGAGCAGUGCAUAAGCUACCUGUGGGAGUGUCUCGAGAUACAACAAGCAGUGCCUUGCAAAUCUGUCGACCUGGCCCAAACACACAUGGCAUUAGGUGAUGCAUUUAACAAGACCGGAGACUACGACCAAUGCAAAUCUUGCCUAUGCCGUGCCCUUCGUAUUCUGCGCGAAGCACGUGCCGAUGAGAACCGCCCUGACCUUGCUCUUUGUCUGCAUGCACUUGGCCAAGUCACUUCGCGAUGUGGUGAUGUAAACGCAGGCAUUGAUCUUUUGGGAGAGUCUCUGCGCAUUCAGCGGGCACUUUAUCCAGAUGAGGAUCGCCAAUCUACGGCGGUGACUUUGGGCGUUCUUGGGCAGCUGUGGGCUCGAGACGGAGACUUGUGGAAAGCCAGCAGAUGUCUGCAGGAAUCGCUGCGGAUCCUGCGUUCAGUUGACCCGGAAGGUAGCUCGAAUGCCGAGAACAUUGUCAAUACCGAGCGGCUACUUUCUCGGGUGUUGGUCGAAGCCAAGCGCAUCGAAUCAAAGAUGCUUGCUUUGGCUUUGACAUGCAUUGGCUGUCUUGGCCUGGUAGCCGCUGGAUUCUUCCGGCUCCGUAGAUGGCGGUGA